AUGGUAUCGUGGAUGAUUUCGAGGAUAGUGGUGUGAGUACGGGGCUGGGCUGCUGCUGUUGUGCUGAAUUCACCGUUAGCCACAUCAACGGCUCCUCCAUUCAUCAGCUGUUUGAUGAUGAACGCUGCGCCGCGCCAACUAGCUAGGCUGUUUGUUUCUGCCUCCUUUUAGAGACAUUUCCUGAAUGUGGAAACACUAUGGUGCUAAACAGCUAUUUAGGAAUCAAAAUAAGAAAGUGGCCGUCCCAACCCUUCUCUUGUUUCUUCAUCUACGACAGUGAUGCAGUACAAUUUGCAUCCAGCGCUUGCUAGCCCGUGGUAGCUAACGCAUGCUGGCCAGCCGUUGAAGUGUUUCCACCUUACAGAUGAUGUCCUGGCAGGAAAAUUAACUAAUAGCAAGCUCAAGUGCUGAAGUAAAACCUGAUUAAUUUUGCCAGGUUACAGAUAAAUAAUGAAACCCCAGACUGCCACUGCUUCUUUAAAACUGCACUGUCUAGAUAUUAAAGCUCUAGCUGCCCAGCAUCUCGGCAGCAUAUGGUACCAUGAGUUGGUAAAAUGUUGUGGUGAGGCUAAGCUCAGCAGGCCAUUUAGGGAUGUUACUCCAUCCAUCCAUCCAUCCAUCCAUCCAUCCAUCAAGGGCUACCCAAUGCACAUAUCAGUGUGGAUAAAGUGUGUACUUUCAACAUCAUUGCUCAGAAUAUUUUAUCAUCCAGGGUUUAUUAAUCCUGUGAUCAGAAGAGCACUGUCUGAAGUCUAGGCCUCUGCUUUCACCUGCACAUACCACAUCCCAACCGUGUGGAUGACUCAACUAAAGCCUGCUGUCAUCUUUCAGGUCCCAUAUGCUGGCACGUCUAUAAUUCUGCAUUACUGUUGUCUGAGAGCACCUGUCUGUCAGUGUUCCUCUCAAUUUCUGUGCCUGCUCUUGGGAAUGUCAGCUCCAAAUAACUCCAGAUAACAUUGCUUUUGAAAAAACCCAGGUUUAGAUAUGUGACUGAUGUUCCUUUCCAUAAAUACUCAGCUUGCGUGGAUUACAUAAGUAGAGGACAAAAUUGACAAACAGUCACUUUCAAUGGCUUCCAGCUGGCUCUUCCACUUUACUGUGCCUGAGGUGAUCGUGUGCUGAUGGAAGGCAAACAAAGGGACUUGAAAUACAUAGCUAUACAUACAGCUGCCUCUGUGAGUCAGACCAUUUUGAUAACAUAAGGUGCUACAUACUUUAAAACUGGUGGUGAAGAAGUAUUACUCCAUUAAGUGUAUAAUACGUCUGAUGUGGGGGUCACGUUUGAAAUUCAGAGACGUAGAUCUGAGAUGGAAACACAAAGAGGCAAAGGGAGUCUUGCUGGGGGAAUCUACUGGCGCAGCAGCUUGCUGAAAGUCGCCUUGGCUUACUGUACAAAGCUGAGAAAUGUUGCACACAUGACUGAGCAGCUCAGAAACUAUCUGGGACAGAGGACCUACUUAAACUCCUUGAAAAACAAGACAUCCAUGGAUGACCAACAUCUGCGAGCACAAAACCUCUGCAGGGACGUGUGAAUAAUGUCUCAUCCUUAGCUGGAUAAAACAUGUAACACCAAAAUUAAUGCUUUACACUUGAACAACAGGCCUAAGUAAUAGUGUGUAGUGUACUGUUUUCUCUCUGAUGUCCACUUACUCAGCAUUAAACAUCCUGUCACAUCAGCUCAGAUCACCAGAGUGGCACAUCAAAAACACAACUCUGUGUGCACAGUGCCUGAAUCUGCACACAUGGUGACCCACCUCUGGCAGCCUUUUGUGUGUUUUUCCACUUGAACUGGCUGCAGCCUUCCUGACUCCAUGAUCUCCAUUAGCUGCCAUUGUGUUUUGAAAAGAUACUGCCAGCCAACCCUCUACUGUAACACAUCACUCAGAUUAAACCCUAAACCAGCACGAGUAACUGAGGAAUACAGGAAGCAGAUUUCUUUCAUUAACUCUGAGGCAACAUGGCCAACCUGCUUUCUUUAAGUAGUAGGCCAUGUUACCUAUCUGAAUCCUUCUUUUCUGACUUGGGUUUUUCUGCUUCUCUGCUUUUUGCAGCCUUGCCUUCGGGACACUCUAUCCUGCAUACUCCUCAUAUAAGGCUGUCAAAACGAAGAAUGUGAAGGAAUAUGUGAGUAUCACCUCCAGACACAAAAUCACAGCAGAGCAUUUCUGACUUCUGGGUUGUUUAGCCCUAGGCUGCUGCUGGCUGUUUUUGCUUUUUGUGAUGUUUUAGAUGCACAUUUUGAUCAGACAGUUUAGAAAAAGCCCACAUUUAAACUGGUUUAACAAACCUACAUGCAUUUCCUGGAAUGAUUCAGAACUCUUGGAAUUUGUUGCACAUCAGCCAAAGACUCAUUACCAAAAUUGCGAGGGUUUUUGGCAGAGAUCAUUGCCUGUUAGACAUAAUGAAAUUCAAAGAAAUGUUGGCAGAUGGAUCCAUGAAGUGAAGCAAUGGGGGCAUCAAAAUGAGCACGACCUUACCUUCAUCUCAAACCCGAUUCUUUCAUCAUUCCACUUUUGAAAGACAAGUUUUUGUCUGUAGAAUAAAACGCAGAAUCUGGAGCCAGACUCCAAUGGACAGGUAUUCUUUAUUCAGUUUGAUGAUUAGAUUAUUGUUAUCCCACAAACACAAGACUAUAUAAGUGUGCAUACACUUCAUAGUGAUUACAUAAUAACCCACUGGGCGAUAAUUGUCUGCAUCAUAUGGUGCAGUUGUUUAAACCUUGGGGCUGCAAAGCAAAAAUAUUGGUUCAUAAGAAGGUUACUCCUAGAGACACUGUUUAAAGACGGUCUCUUUGUUGAUAUUUUGUAUUAGCAGUAAAAAAAACCAAAUGUAUAUUUACGAGGGAAUAAGCAUGAAAGCUGGGAGACACUGAUCUUGCACCUAUAGCUUUUAAAUACAAAAAACAAUCCUACCUCUUCAUGUGUAAUGAUUUGUAGUUUCAACAUGCACUCCCUGCUUUUCCAUGAUGUUCCAUCACAAACACGAAUAAACAUCAAUCCCCCAACUUAACCAUUUGUAUAUUAAAAUCAGCCACAGUCUGAGUAUAAAACAUUAACAUUGAUCUAGGAGACAUGUUUGAGGUUUAGCGGCCUUGUGCCAAGAAAGCUAUCUCAGCAACACGAUAAAUAAAGUGGUAAUGAGUUUGAAUGUUGCCAGUGGAAAUGAGGAUAUGAAGUAGUUAAAUCCUGUUCUGCCUUUGGCAAAGAGUCAGGGUCCUCCCUGCUUACCUCAUCACUGCAAGGGAUGAGAAAGAAGGAAAGAGGGGGGAACCCAGGAGGCAGAGCAGGAGGUAGCGGCACUUUGGCCCUCUGCCUAGUUUUGCACUGGAGAAUAGUCUCCUCCUGGUCAGUUACUAUAGCAACCACAGCGACCCCCCCAACACACACACACACAAUAGCUGCAAAAGACGGCUACAGGAGGAGCAAACGAGGAAAGGAGAGAGAGAUAGAGGGACUGGAGGACGCCAUUUUUAAAGUGAUGUUUUCAUUCCCUCUUCCGUCUUGUUUCUAAUGAGCUGAAUGAUUCAUCAUUAUGUUAUACAGCCAUAUGCAUUUUGCUUGUUAAUUCCUUUAACUAAAAUCUCUUACUGCUUUUCCCUAAUUUAGUGAAUUGGUUGGUUUUGCUCUAAAUCACUCCUCUAAGUGUCUUUUCACAACCUUUAGUUAUUUAGACAAAGACAUGUGUUUUCUUUGUCUCCUGGGGACUAAGCAUGCAUACUGAUAUGAUGUGACAGGACCGAAACAUAUGCUGCUUACUGCUUUGGUAUGUCUGUGUAGUGCCACGUGUCUCAGCACGUGCACACUGAAUGCUGUGUGUUUUCAUGUGCUAUAUAUGUCAUGGUUUCUUUCCUUACAUCUGUGCUCUCGUGUGCGUAUAUGUUUCUGCGUGCGUUCAGGUGAAGUGGAUGAUGUACUGGAUAGUAUUUGCACUGUUCACUACAGCGGAGACGGCAACAGACCUGCUCCUAUCGUGGUGAGUCAGGAGCUGCUCGUGACUGUGACCCUAAACUAGCUUGUUAUAAAUGAACUGAUUACAUAAUAUCAAUAGAGGCAUUCAUGUGCACCCAGUGUGAAGUAUUCUUGAUAUUUUUGGAACACUGAUGUUUGAUAAAAAGUGACCUAUUUUCAUUUAACAGCAAAAAUAUAACCUACACAGAUUUUUCUGCCUUUUAAAUGUGUCAAAUCAGCAAAUGAGCACUUUUAAAGAUGUAUCUGUCUUUAUUCUCAUGUUACAUGUCUUUAACUUCUCUAAUGGUAUCACUCUAUUUCCCAUCACACAGGUUUCCAUUUUACUUUGAGCUAAAGAUUGCCUUUGUAAUCUGGCUCCUGUCCCCGUACACCAAGGGGUCAAGUGUCCUUUACCGCAAGUUUGUCCAUCCUACACUGUCCAACAAAGAGAAGGUGGGAACAUGACUGUAUACAUUCAUUUACUCAACUAGUUUCCUGGUUUGCAUGUCCCUGUUCAGGUUUCUUGUCCUCUUUUUUCUGUCUUCUUAUUUACACUAAGUGCUAAAUUUGUUGUCUUUCAUCCUUGACCUGUGGUCUUGUGCCGUAGGAGAUAGAUGAGUACAUCGCACAGGCCAAAGACAGGAGCUAUGAGACCAUGAUGAGGUUUGGAAAGAGGGGUCUCAACUUAGCAGCUAAUGCUGCUGUCACUGCCGCUACCAAGGUGAGCUGUUUGUGUUUAUGAGGAUCUGUUUUUUAAAUUUGAUACAAAAUGCUUUAAAAGAGCUCACACAGGAAUAACAAACCACUGUGAAGUUUGUGAUUGUUAAAUGACACCUGGAGGAACAGCUCCUACCUUUUUAAGGUUAUUUUACAGCGAGUUAACACAGCUGGGAAUUAAAAGUAUUCCAGGGAAGCAGAGUCUCUCAGAAGGAAAGAUUGUACACUCAGUGAGACACUUCGAGGGCAAACAGUUCAAAAUUUCGAAAUCAUGUUCCUCAGCCUAAAGUUACAAAGCAAUUUGGGAUUUCAUUAGUUACAGUGCAUAAUAUUAAAAGAUUAAGGGAGUCUUAUGUGCAGAAAAAACCCAAAUAUAUAUACAUUUUUUUUUAUUUCUGGCCCCCAGGCUGCAAUCUGUUAGAUCCCGAUGUGAAUGGUAAUACAGACUCUGUUGUGGUAAUACUGCACAGGCUAAAAACCGCCACCCAAAACUCCUAUCUGUGAACGGUUUGUCACUGUAUCCGGUCCACAAAUGCAGUUUAAAACCGUGUAAGGCAAUGAGGAAACUAUAAAUUGCAAUAAUCAAGAAAUGCCAUCAACCUGUCCGGGCCCAAGAAUUUUAGGUUAGUGAGAUUUCUUCAGAUUUGUUUGAAUUUCAAAUCCAAGUUUUGGUUUAUUUAAAUGCUGAUAGACUCACAGGAAGAAGACUGCCUACAUGGAGAAGGGUUUUGUUUUCUUUCAAGUUGUGGAAAAAAACUCAAGAGGCUAGUGAGAUAAAAUACUUUGGACUAGAAAUAAAUGGAACAUUUAUAUUUAGAACUCAGGCUGAUAAAUAUUUCUGCCAAGAAUUUCUGUCCCCUGUCAUCAGCCUUGUGUGGAGAAACUUGGACUCUCAGUUUUCACUAAACACAUGAAACUGUGAUUUCGAACAGUUCACUUCUCCUGACCCAUUCCUUCUGAAACUUGAGGGAUACAGGGCGGUAGGAUUAUCUUUUUCAUUCUCGCACUAAUCUGAUCCAUGUUGUUUGCCUUCCUGUUAUGUCCAGGGUCAAGGCGUGCUGUCAGACAAGCUGCGGAGUUUCAGCAUGCAGGACUUGACUCUCAUUAAUGCCGACGAUGAGCUGGCUCUGCACACGUCAGACUCCCGCAUGAGACGGGACCCUAUGGAUGAGAUGAGCUCAGGGGCAAGCACGCUGCCCCGGGCCAAGAGCACCACUACACGGCAGAGUAAGGCUACACACACGCACAACAAACACGGCUUCUUUUACAGCUGCACGUGGCAAUGCAAAGAUGCAUUAAUGCAUACAUAAUUUGUGUCCAGAUUGGGUGACUGGGUUGAAUUUUCCUCAGAGGACUUCUUUUAUUUAUGAGCAGGAUUAGGGGUAAUUGGGCCAAGUAAAGUCAUGUGAUUUAAGGCGCUGCAGGAUGGAGGGGGGAGAUGCAAAAAAAGUAAUGGGGAGGGGUGAAAGCAUGUGAUUUCAAGUGGGAAGAGAGGCUUUGUGUCUCACUAUACUGCUGGCUGGCUGUGUGGGUCUGGUGAGCUGUGAACUGAAUACAGACGCAGGAAAACAACUUUAGCAGUACAAAGUGGCACAUUUCAAAAACAUACACAAAUCAUCCUAUGAAUCUUACUUAAGAAAAACAGACCAUGGUGACUCAAAUCCAAGCUCAAAGGUUGUCUAACUUGUGAUUCAGAGCUGCCAUCAACAUCCCACAGUCUUCUUACCGGGACUGCAGGACACAGAUUACAAAAAUAGCUUUUCCCAAAGAAAAGAUGAACAGAUUAAUGUUAACACACAGUUUCUAAACUUAUAGUUUUUAAUAAUUUUGAAGCCCCCUCUUCACCUCACCAUCCUCACACCUCUGACUAACAAAUGCCUGCUCAAGAAUGUUUUUGUGAAUAUUGUCUUUAGAACAUACAGAGCUGCAGCUGCUGUGUCAUCAAAACUGAAAAGCCAUCAAGUCACAGCAAAUUUUUGAUCCCUGGGUAGUGGAGGUGAAUCCCUGGGCAAGAAGUGACUCUUUUUUGUUUUUUUCUUUUGUUUUGUUUUGCCGAUUGUGAUGUUUGAUAUAGAUUCAUUGUCACUCUUACACCUGGUAGUCCUGUUAUAAAUCAACGUUACUUUGCCAGCAGUGUGUGAAACAGUGUGCAUUGUUUUUAUUAAGCCUCACCACGCUCCCUGGGGGGGCCCCCACCCUCCAGUUCGGGGAUCACUGCGCUUAACAAAUUUUUUUAAAUCAUUCUGUUGCCUCUCGGGUCUUGUGACCAUCACAACCAAAGCUGUAAGCCUCAGCUGUGGCUCUGGUUUAUAUUAGGGACUUCCUUAACUAGUAAAAACAUGGGUCCAGAAAUCAGCGCUGGGAGUCUGCGUCACUGAAUCAUAGCCACUUUGGGAUCCAGAUUGCUUUCAGCAGCAGAUGGUGUCUUUUUAGUCACCCAAAGAUUCUCUCCCCAGAAACUGUAAUGGUGGUUUGGCAGAAGAGCCUCAUGUUGAGACCUUUUUCUUUUCAUUAGACUUUGACAUAAUGUUAAACUGUAAAAGUGGUGGAGACAAAAGUGCACAAAAGGUCACAGGCAGUAUCUACAGUAAUGUACAUGUUUACAAAAACAUGCUUUUGAACAUUUGAACACUCCCUUCAUCAGGAAAUGAACCCCAUUGGCUCUGUCUCCCUUGUACCUUAGCUCUAGUGUGGUGUCAUGCUGCACCAACUUAACUUAUUAACUUUCUUAUCCCCACAUGUUUUGAGCAAGACUCACAAGCAACUGUCAUUUAGUCACGCUAAUAUUGUGUCUCCUUAUGCAGCUCGUUCAUUGGCCCAUGCUGAUGAUGCGUCGUCCCAACACAGCUCUGACCUAUCAGACACAAGGACUGAACACUCUGAUGACGAUAUUGGAGAAAAAGCCCCUAAACGCAGCACCAGCGUCAAGGCAACCAAGAAACCUGCAACUGCUAAGACAGAGGUAGGGUCAGUGGACACAUUGCCUUUAUUUCUUGUAAUUGAACUCAAAGGCAGACCCUACAUGUUACAUGUUUCCAACUGAAUUUUCUUGAGACCAAAAAUAAAGAAAGUCAAUGGUGGAUUUCCUUUUGGUAGAGCUAUGUAUCCUGAUCUGGGAGAUUUGUGGGUACAAACUGCAUCAUAGCUAUCAGACACUGUAAUGUUUAGUUUGUGUUCAGUAUUUAUUCAUCAGAUGCACCUAAAAAAGUAACUUCAUAUCCUUUUUUGAGAGGAUACUGGGUAAUGCAAUAUGUAAACAUGAGAAUGACGCCAUUACUUGGCGAUUUUCCGGCAGAUCAGUCCUUACAAAACUUGCUUGGCUUUCUCUUAAGCUUUGACAAUCAGCUCUUGACAAAUCUCUUCUUCUGUCAAUCCUCUACCUUUUAAAAUUGUGUUGAUUUCUCUUUUAUUCUCCUUCCACUUUUCUUCUCCCCCCCUUUUCCUUCUUCCUCCCCCUCUGCAAGGCUCAGACCAAGACGGUAAAGAAGACAACUACAACAAAGAAAAAGACUACAACCAAUAACGCGGAGACGCCACCAUGA